ACCGGGGCGUGGCUCCAGGGGCUCCGCCCCCGCCUCGGCCCAGCCUCGGGGGUCUUGGGCUGAAGGCGCCGGACGGAAGUGAGCGGGUUUCGCCCCUUCCCCCUCUGGUUCCUGCGAGCGCCGCCGCCGCGCUGCCCGCUCUCUCCGGCCAGCCGGAGUCUCCGAGCCGUACCCUCGUCCCCGGCCGCGCGGAGCCGGGAUGCACUGCUUCUGCUGUGGGUCCUCAUCAUGGAGACGAAACGGGUGGAGAUUCCCGGCAGCGUCCUGGACGAUCUCUGCAGCCGAUUUAUUUUGCAUAUUCCCAGCGAGGAAAGAGACAAUGCUAUCCGAGUAUGUUUUCAGAUUGAACUUGCCCAUUGGUUUUACUUGGAUUUCUACAUGCAGAACACACCAGGAUUACCUCAGUGUGGGAUAAGAGACUUUGCUAAAGCUGUCUUCAGUCAUUGUCCAUUUUUGCUGCCUCAAGGCGAAGACGUGGAAAAAGUUUUGGAUGAAUGGAAGGAGUACAAAAUGGGAGUACCAACAUAUGGUGCAAUUAUUCUUGAUGAGACACUUGAAAAUGUACUACUGGUUCAGGGAUACCUAGCAAAAUCGGGCUGGGGAUUUCCAAAAGGAAAAGUAAAUAAAGAAGAAGCUCCUCAUGAUUGUGCUGCUAGAGAGGUUUUUGAAGAAACUGGUUUUGAUAUCAAAGAUUAUAUUUGUAAGGAUGAUUACAUUGAACUUCGAAUAAAUGACCAGCUUGCUCGUUUGUACAUCAUUCCAGGAAUUCCAAAAGACACAAAAUUUAACCCGAAAACCAGAAGAGAAAUUCGGAACAUUGAAUGGUUCUCCAUAGAGAAAUUGCCCUGUCAUAGAAAUGAUAUGACCCCAAAAUCCAAACUUGGUUUGGCUCCUAACAAAUUUUUUAUGGCUAUUCCCUUUAUUAGACCAUUAAGGGACUGGCUUUCUCGAAGAUUUGGAGAUUCCUCAGAUAGUGACAAUGGAUUUUCCUCAACUAGUAGCACACCAGCUAAACCGACUGUGGAAAAAUUGAGUCGAACCAAAUUCCGCCACAGUCAGCAGUUAUUUCCAGAAGGUUCCCCAGGCGACCAAUGGGUAAAGCACAGGCAGCCCCUGCAGCAAAAGCCAUAUAAUAAUCAUUCUGAAAUGUCUGACCUUCUAAAAGCAAAGAAUCAAAGUAUGAGGGGAAAUGGCAGAAAACAGUAUCAAGACUCACCUAAUCAAAAGAAAAAAACAAAUGGGGUCCACAGCCAGCCAGCUAAGCAGCAGCAUUCCUUGAUGAAAUUUGAAAAAAGACUCCAUCCACGAAAACUUCAGGAUAAUUUUGAAACAGAUGCUGCAUAUGACUUACCUUGCUCUGGUGAAGACCAGUUGUUAGAACAUGCUGAGGGACAGACUGUGGCAUGUAAUGGACAUUGCAAGUUUCCCUUUUCAUCCAGAGCCUUUUUGAGUUUCAAGUUUGACCAUAAUGCUAUAAUGAAAAUCUUGGACCUUUGAGAGCAGCAGAUGUGUUGUGGAAGUCAAGAGCCAGAGACCUGUUGCAUUUGAGUGGGUGUCUCUCUGAGCCUUACCUUUCUCAGGUGUUUUAAAGAAAUGCAGGAAGGCAAUGAUGUUUCUGAGGAGAUGGUUUUCCGUGCAAGAGAGAGAAAAGAAAGAAACAUGAAUUUGGACUGUAAAUGCAGUUUUAUAAACUUUUAUACAGGUGUACCUUUUCAGUGUUUGGCUAAUGAAUUCAAGUUACUUUUUAUGAGGGCAUUUUUUUCUAUGAGGGUUUUUUUUUUAUAUUCUGAUCAAGAAAAUAGUGUUUGAGUUAUCAUUAAGUAAAUGGAAAUGCUCUAUCUGCUCACUUUAGUUUCCUUACAUUGAAAUUUUAAAAGAAACAAGUUAUAUAAUUUGUUAAACAUAAAAGCUGAAAUAUCAUGGAA